GGUGGCGUUCCGCGGCCGUUAGCACCCCGACCUCAUCCCGGCGAUGGAGGAUUCAGGCAUCCAGCGAGGCAUGUGGGAUGGAGACGCCAAGGCGGUCCAGCAGUGUCUCACAGAUAUUUUCACCAGCGUUUACACCACCUGCGACAUUCCUGAGAAUGCUAUAUUCGGUCCCUGCGUCCUGAGCCACACUUCCCUGUACGACAGCAUAGCUUUCAUAGCUCUCAAGUCCACGGACAAAAGAACAGUUCCUUAUAUCUUCCGGGUAGACACCUCAGCGGCAAAUGGUUCCUCAGAAGGUCUCAUGUGGCUGCGCCUGGUCCAAUCAGCCCGAGAUAGAGAGGAGCAGAACCUUGAAGCCUACGUAAAAAACGGACAGCUGUUUUACCGCUCUCUCCGCAGGAUUGCCAAAGACGAGGAGUUGCUAGUUUGGUACGGGAAAGAACUGACUGAGUUACUCUUGCUCUGCCCCUCUAGACCCCACAGCAAAAUGAAUGGGUCGUCCCCUUACGCGUGCCUGGAAUGCAGCCAGCGUUUCCAGUUUGAGUUCCCCUACGUGGCGCACCUGCGCUUCCGCUGUCCCAAGAGAAUUCACGGCGCCGACAGGAGCCCCCAAGACGAGCAGGGCGGCGGCGUGGGCACCAAGGAUCACGGGGGCGGCGGCAAGGACCAGCAGCACCAGCAACAGGAGGCGCCCUUGGGCCCCGGCCCCAAGUUCUGCAAAGCCGGGCCUGUCCACCACUACCCGGCCCCCUCCCCCGAGGGCAGCAACCCGCCCGCGACGGGGGGCGGCGGCUCGGCGAAGCCGUCCACGGACUUCCACAACCUGGCCCGGGAGCUGGAAAACUCCGGGGGCGGCAGCAGCUGCUCCCCAGCGCGGACGCUGCCCGGCGGCGGCCUGCCCAAGCAGAGCCCCUUCCUCUACGCCACCGCCUUCUGGCCCAAGAGCGCGGCGGCCGCGGGGCCCCUGCAGCUGCAGCUGCCGUCGGCGCUCACGCUGCUGCCGCCGUCCUUCACGUCGCUGUGCCUGCCCGCGCAGAACUGGUGCGCCAAGUGCAACGCCUCCUUCCGCAUGACCUCCGACCUGGUGUACCACAUGCGCUCGCACCACAAGAAGGAGUACGCCAUGGAGCCCUUGGUGAAGCGGCGGCGCGAGGAGAAGCUCAAGUGUCCCAUCUGCAACGAGUCCUUCAGGGAGCGCCACCACCUCUCCCGGCACAUGACCUCCCAUAACUGACGCGGACGGGUCCCCAGCUCUCCGCGCGCGGACGCGCUCGGCCCAGCCACCGGCGGGGGCGAACACCU